AUGCAGCCAGAUUACUGUAUAAAGCACCGUUCACCUACCUUGAAGGAUAAAGAUAUAUGUCAAAGGUUAUUAGUCAGUGCUAAGGGCCUAGUCCAGCCAGGCUAUGAUCUUUCGUCGCUAAGCAAGGCGGAGUAUCCCGAGAAACUUCUACAGUUGUUGACAGAAGCAAGUCCUACAAUAGACCUUGCACAACUGACACUGAACGUCGAUCUUUUACGGCCGCCGGAGGGACUGCGACGACUGGCUGGUAAUAGCUCCAAGAGCCUGCCACAAGACAGAGAGCAGUUUCGCACCGCUCUCGUCAAACGAACCGACUCAAUUUUACGAUCGUGGCACUCUCUACGCCGGUUAAAAAGGAAGGGUGUAUUAAACAGGUUCCAAGUAAUAUGGGCGCGCAUGGGAAUGCUAGAGAGGAGAUCAUGGCUACAGCGAAACUUUCCCGACCUACCACAGAAUGCACAAGCCAGUAUUCAUGCCUGGCUUCAAUCGCCGACUUUAGAAUCUCCACCGAAUAGCAAACUGUUCUUCUACCGUCUCCUGAACACGGAGAUCCUGUCCCGCGACAAUAUCCUUCCGGAGCUACUCGAAUUCCGCGCAACACAUCAUCCGGCCUAUCUCAGAGACUUAGAUGGGCGUUCGAUCUACCUUGGGGUAUACUGCGGGAGCCUGAUUUCCAUGGCCGUUACUGGCACGAUCAGUUUUCCAAUGGAGCAGUCUAAUGACACAUAUGACUUUACCUGGAACGAAGCCGAAGACUUGCUCCCGGAUCUGGCCCAAGCUGAGCCGCCGACAGUGGGACUUCACAAGCUCGGGGCUCAACAGAAGAUCUACGAGUGGCUAGUGGAAAGUGUCCAGCUCUUGCCAAAGGCGAUAGUUGGAUACCAUAACGAACUAUGCUGUGAUCCCGCUAACGACCUGUCUGUCUUAAUGCGAUCUCAGCUAUCAGACUAUCAUAAGCCGCACGACCGAGUCAGCAUCACAUAUCUACAUAGCCUGUUAACCGCUGCCUUAGAUGAGUCACUCUUUGACUUAGCACAAGUCCGCAAGUACCCUGAUAUAUGGCAAGAGUGGGUUCAAGGCACUGGCUGGGAACACGUUUGUCGUACCUUAUUCAUGCGGAUAGAUGUCUUCAGUACACUUGUUACGCAUUCAACUUCCCUGCAGCAAGAAGAACGCUACGAGAUCACAUUAAAAGCGAACAACACGAGAUUCAGAGCGUUGGUUGCUUUUUGCUGCUUGAGCAAUUCUUUGAUCACGGACACCGUUCGUCAACUACCAAGCCACGGUCGCUGGUCUCCAAGCAAGAUAAAAAACGAAAGUAUGUCAAAACUCUUACAACUGCUCCAGAAGUGCGAUCCGGUGGUGGAUUUCAUACCUCUACUGGAUGUCAUGAUGGUUAUUGAUGAUGAGAGCAAGAGCUGUGCUUCCACACAACGCAUGCCGCAACAGCUCACGAGAGUUUUACAUGAUCUAGCAGUUCUGGCUGCUUGCGAGCGUGAGCUAGAGACACAUUGCAGAUUCGCUGAAGAUAUUGCCUCGUACGCGAAGAUAGUCAAAGAGGUAACGGAGGAGAUUUCGGCUACGAAGAGGCCCUGGAAAAUGUUAAUCGGAGCGGCAUUGAACGCUAUAGAUGCGGAGACUGCUCACAAACUCACCGCUGAUGUUUGCAACAAAACGUCUGACCUUGCAAAGCGACAUCAACGCUUUUGGAUGGUCUUUGACAAAGGGUUAAAGGGCUCAGCCGAUACAACAACCCAGAAUAUCUUGGAUGAGGUCUUGAAGAUCGCGCCUGAGAAUUCGUCAGUCGAUGACGAGCAAGCUUUCGCGAGCUUGAAUUCGGCAGAGCCGCCAGCAGAGCCAACACAAACUCAGCUGAAUCGAUCAAAGCACCACAGAGGCCACAAUCGCCGUACGGAAGUGCCACAGACCGCUCGAGGACCAAGGAAAGCGCCUGAGAUGAGUCGUCGUCCUACAAUCACACUCUUUACACAGCUGCAGUUCUGGAAUUCCAUCCUAGCGAAGUCAUCGGAAGGCAGGUCACAUCUGAAAUGGACUGACUUUUGUGCUGCUUUGGCGGGCAUUGGCUUCAAAAUUCGUCCUACCAUUGGUGCUGCCUACCAAUUCUAUGCUGAGUGCCACCAAAGAACCAUAGUCUUCCAUAAGCCUCAUCCAAAAGCCAGUCUGCCACAUACAAAAGCGCGACGUGAGUGGCUAGACCGACUCACUCGUCGUUUUAUACUACAAAUGCCUGAAGACCUGGGAGUGAGGACAAAUGAUGACCUUAUGAAAUCUGUCGAAAAUUUUUAA